AUGGUCCUUCUGUGGCUUUCUUCCUUACGUAAUUCGAACCUUUGUUCGUGUGGACCUGCGUCUCGUUCGCUUGUAAAGUCACCAACCACCAUGGACGUCGACGCCUCCGAACCAGCGCAUAACUCGACCUAUAUCAGCUUUUUCGAUGUCUCGCCGAGCAACUUCCCGUGGCAAGAACCGCGUCCAGAACAGAUUCGCCUUCGUCGGGCAGCGCUGGACGACACGCUCAUAUUCGAUAUUCUCCUGCACUCAGGCGGUAUCAGCGAAACGUACUCGCUUUAUCCACCAGUAAAUCCGCACAACCUUCAAGAACUGUUGGACACCAUCGAGUCCUCGCACUAUGACGUCUUGAAGAAGGAUUGCUUGGUCUACUUCCUCCUCAAAUGGUAUCAGGAUGGCAGGGAAAGGAACUUCCAGGAGCAGCGGUGCAUACCUCCCCAGUUCGCUUCAUUGGCAGACGCGUAUUGGCAUCUUGACACGGGCAUAAAUGUCCCGCGUGCUAUUGCCAUUCUUUCGGACGCUAGACUUAACAGAGAUUAUGCCUCAAAAAUCAUUCGUGCCAUUUCUACCUCCCCAGACUCAUCGACCUUGGUCAGGCGAUAUAUUCAAACCGCAAAGCCUCUCCUCGUCGAACCUUUCGACAUUGAAUGCUACGCAGUGGCCCUGGCAGAUUCCAGCAUACUGGAAGCGUGGCAAUUUUCUCGUACCUUCAACGACACUGAUGGUAUGCGCACACGGUUGUUCAGAAAGUUGCUGGAGUGGUCUGUCACGCCCAAGCCACGACCUCUUGCCCUCAGUCAACUCCUAGCUUUGCCCUUGUCGACCUUCGAAGAAGACAUUCUCAAUGAUUUUGUUCGAAAGCCCCCUUCCGACCUUCCUUUCUCCUCAGUGGCUAUCCUCCAAGAUCUGAUCUGUGUUCGCCUUAUUCAAGGCAGUCGCUACGCUGAAGCAAUUAAACUUGACCGUCAAUUUACUUCCACGACCAACCCUAGGAAUAUCAAAGACACCCGCGAUAGAUCAAAAAUGGUUCAGGACGUCUACGCUGCCCUUCCAUCAGUCGAACGCGCUUUGGUUGACUUGGAUCUCAAUCCCACUUCUGCCAGAUCCAGGCAGGAGCCCCUUGCCCCAAAACCUGUUUCGCCGGAAACCAGACGAACCUCAGGUCAAGGGAUUCAAGACACGUCUCUCUCGCAAUCAUGGGAAGAAGUUCGCGUCCCAGAAGCUCUUGUCAACAAAUCCACGCCCUUGAAAGACGUUCGUGUGCCCGCGUCUACACCUCGAUUCACCGAUCCUUUGCAGACGUCGACGGCGACCCCAGUACCCGCACCCAUUCUUCCUAUUAAUUUCAACGGCAUCGCGAGCGGAAGCAAAUCCACACCAAGAAAGAGUGUUCCUCUUAGUGCCUCGGUAUUAAGCUCGGCAAGGCCAAGACCCUCUUUAAGCGGAGUUGGAGCCCACAUGUCGUUCGGUACUCCUUCAGCCAUUGCCUCUCCGGCGAGUGGUUUGAAGCUACCCCCUCAAAAUGGUACGCCCACUCAAGGCCAUGGACACACCUUCGUCUCGGCUUCUCGGCAACAAAACGCCUUCUACCAACCCCCGCCCGUCAAAACAAAUGGUGUGAAGAGAGCUUUCGAGGAUGACAGUACGAAUCGUAGCCCUGAACGCGUCGAUACCAUGCACACGGUCGACGCGGAUAUGGAGACUGAGAAAGAGGAUAACAGCUUCGAGAAACCCUCAAGUAGGCGUGGCAGGAAGAGCAAUGUCACUGAACGAGGCGGUGAUGAUGACGACAACAACAUCCUUCAAUAUUCCGUGUUUGGUGCCAAGGAGAAACGAGCAUCUCCACAAUUCGCGUCGAAAGCGUCAUCUAAGAAAGCUGGGAAGAAGGCCCCGCCAGGCACGUUUGGUUCGGAGGACGAGGAUAACGCAGAAGAGGACCGAGAGCAACACGAGGCAGAGCCGCAGAGAACCUCAGCUCGCUCUCGUACCUCCACCUCAAGGAGCACACGCGGGAGCAGGGCACAUACAGUUACGAAACCGCCUGCGAAGAAGGCCCGUCAGGUGAAGGAGAAGAAUCUUGGCAGGAGCAUACCUGGGGCUCUCAUGGACGAUGAUGACGAAGAGGACCACGAUCCUGUGCAAGACGAGGAGGAAGAUCGGGUUGCUCCGCUUCGUGCACCGUCGCCACCUCCUGUUACCCGGCGUCCGGCGCGGAAAGCUCGCUCGUCGGCGAGCGUCAUCUCGGAUGAAGGCGAGGGCAGGCAGACGAGGAGACGGUCCUCAAGGUUGACAACGGGUGGAAGUAGUGCGAGUGUCGUUGGUGGCUCUCCUGAGCCGCCUGCGAAGACGAGGAAGACAAAGACGACUGCAGGGAGGAAGAAGCGGUAG